GCUGGUUUUUCAGCGUAGUAGAAGAGUAAUGAAAGCGCGGCCUUCAGCAACACACUUAUCUCGCUAAGUUAUUAUUUUUUUGUUUUGACGUAUAAACGGUAACUUCCUUUCAGAAACCGAUCUGAAGAUGUGCUCGGACUAAGUACCCAUUCAUGUGCUGACAAAGGAGUGGAUUUUAAAACACGCAAACAUGUCCAAAGCGUGUCAAGACAGGAGGAGUCGAUGGCAGGAGAUCCAGAAGGGCUUGCAGUUUAUUCAGAGACAGCAAUCUGUGGUUCCACCAAGCUGUUCAGUUAGAUCAACUCUUCCUUAUCCUGGAAGCCAAGAGCAGUAUGAGGUAUUCAUUAAGGACCUUGUGUGGAAUCUAUUCGGAGAAGGGAAUGACGUGUACAAAGAAGGGGACUGGACAAAAUCCAUUGAGAUGUACACAGAAGCACUGAGUAUAGCAGAGUAUGCAGACUCUGAGGAAAUCUGCGUUCCAACUGGUUUGUUGGAAAAGCUGUAUGCAAAUCGAGCCGCAGCAUAUUUGAAUGUUGUUCCAGGUUUAUAUGACCAAGCAUUAGAAGACUGUGAAAAAGCUCUUCAUUUGAACAGUGGGAAUUAUAAAGCCUUGUACAGAAAAGCCAAAUCUUUAAAGGAGAUGGGGAGACAUCAAGAGGCCUAUGAGACUGUUGCCAAAUGUUCUUUAGUAGUGCCCCAGGAUCCCAGUGUCACACAACUGACUCAGGACCUUGCCAAAAUUUUGGGCUUGAAAAUCCGUAAAGCUUAUGUAAGAAGCAAGCCUUCCUUAAAUGUUUUGCGAGGAUCAAAUUAUCAAGAUGCAUCAUUUGAUAAACUGCCUAAUGGCUCUGCCUCAGUUGAAGACAUAGAAGUUGAAAUGCUUAAGGAUAACCAGGAUGACAAUGUUAUGGCUCCUAUUGAAGCUCCCUCUGGUGGUGAUGUGCCUGUAAAUGAAACAGCAGUAGAAGAAUUUCCUCACAACAACAGUAUUGCGUCUGUGAUGCCUUCAGAACCUCUGGGAUUCGAGUCACUUUCUCUGCCGGUGUCUGUGAACACUUCAGUCGGCCUCCCCGCACUCACAUAUGUUAACGGGUGCAGAACAGUUAACCCUUGCCCAAUACUUGAAACCAGUCAAGAUUUUGACACAGACAUUAUCGGGAACGACCUAGAUGAUCUGCUGGACCAAGCUGAGCCUGAGCCUGAACUUAACAUGGAUAUCCCCACAGUGAAGGGGCCUCUUCCUCUGCCCACCAGUAUUUCCUCGGGCAGCUCCAUGUCCAGUCCAUUCCUGAUGUCAUCUCACAUCAACCCUUUUCUCCACAGUGGUAACCAGCUGUGCACUGUGACUCUGCCUCCGCUGUACUCUAAAUCAGGCACGAGUACAUAUUUUGGCAUGGACACUUUUGAUGCUAUGUCCCAACCGUUGGACUCUUUGGAUAGUCUCUCUAUGAAUGACUAUAAAUCAGGUUUUGCUUCUUGCCCCUACCUUCCACAGAUAAACAGUAAAAAUUCUCCAAUGGGAAUGGCUGUUGGGAUGCCUGAAAUGAAGGGUACUCCUGCCACUGUGGACUUAGCAAAAAACCCUUUAGCGGAAACGCAUGAAUUCAAACAAGCAUGUGCAAUCUGCUUUGUCAGAACUGGGCCUGGUGUGUUGGAUUUCACAUAUCAAACAGAAGAGCACAAAUGCAAAAAAGACGCUUUACUCGGCAGAAUUAAACAUUCGCCAGGCCAGACGUGGAAGCUCAUUCGGCCCAGACCUACAAAAACCCAAUAUGUUGGACCAUAUUACAUUUGCAAAGAGGUGGCUGUUGGGAAGGACUGUCUGUACCCUGGCCAUUGCACAUUCGCAUAUUGCCAGGAAGAGAUCGACAUUUGGACUAUGGAGCGGAAAGGAUUCAUAUCCAGGGAAUUGCUCUUUGAUCCUUUUGGACACAACCCGGAUAUCAGGCUGACAGUUCCCAAGGUCUUACAGGAGCAUCGUGGGAUAUUCAUGUUUCUGUGUGAGGUAUGCUUCGACCACAAACCGAGAAUAAUCAGCAAAACCAACAAAGACGAUCCUUCAAUCUGCUCUCAUCCAGUGACGAAGCACCCCUUUGAGGACCACAAAUGCCUGGUCCACAUCUUGAAGGACAACAAAGUCAGGUAUUCCAAAGUCCGACCGCUGACUCCACAUUGUCAGUUGGAUCUCUGUCGCCACGAAGUCCGGUACGGCUGUGUGAGGGAGGACGAGUGCUUUUAUGCCCACAGCCUCAUCGAGUUGAAGGUCUGGAUGAUGCAGCACAAGCUUGGUACCACCCAUGAAAAUAUUGUACGAGAGGCCAAGAAGUUUUGGACUGCAGCUUCAAUGCAGGGAGGACAGCUUUCCAGUGCACAGAGAAGGUUUGGGCCUCCGACUCUGAAGAUGAUGUUUGUCUGCAGCCAGUGCUGGAAAAACGGUCAACUCAGCGAGGCUGACAAAAACAGGAAGUACUGCUCGGCCAAAGCCAGACACACGUGGGCUAAGGACAAACGGGUGGUGCUUGUGAGCUCCCACGAAAGGAAAAAGUGGACUAUUGUCAGACCACUCCCGACCAAAAAACCAGUCCCGGCACAGUUUGAGAUUUGCAUGCAUGUGACAGCUGGGAAGAAGUGUCAGUACAUCGGAAAUUGCACAUUUGCGCACAGCGGAGAAGAAAGAGAUCUUUGGACUUAUAUGAAGGAACACAACAUUCCAGAUAUGGAUCAGCUUUACGAGCAGUGGCUGCAGGCUCAGAAGACUGGCUGGGGUGAGGAGACCUCCAGUAACUCCUUCCGGGAGAAUGGCAAACAGAUCCACAUGCCAACAGACUACGCGGAAGAAGUGGCUGGCAAUCACUGUUGGAUGUGUGGUAAAAACUGCAACAGUGAGAAGCAGUGGCAGCAGCACAUCACGUCAGAAAAACACAAAGACCGUGUUUUCAACUCCGAAGAUGAUCAGAACUGCUGGCAGUACCGAUUUCCUACAGGCACUUUCAAAGUCUGCGAAAGGUUUCUGAAGGGGACGUGCACAGAGGACGACCUCUGCAAACUGGCUCACGGGGAGCAGGAGCUGAAGGAGUGGAUGGAACGUAGGGAAUUUCUUUUGAUGAAACUUGCCAAAGCUAAGAAAGACCAUCUUAUAGCACCCAAUGACAAUGACUUUGGGAAAUACAGUUUUCUGCUUAAAGACAUUUAUUAAUAAGAUGAUGACAGUUGUGACACUCACGUGAUAAAGAUGCAGUAUUUUAAACACCCUCGAGUCGUGGUUGACCCUUGGUGUGUACAGGAAGUAACCUGAGGACAAGAAUUACUAAUAAUAAAAGAAACAAGAACAUUCAGGCCUAGCUUUCUGCUUGGCUUUUUUUUUCCUGAUCAGAAUUACACAGGUGUUACUACAUACAUGGAGUUCCGACUUGGAGACAGGAUUUCUGAGGUGACGAUGAAGAUGGCGAUGCGUCCUGGAUCACAGUCACGAGCAGUUUGCCUAAAAGACAAUUUUGCAUUAGCAAUUUGUAGUACCAAUCACUUGCUUUCAAGUUAAAUCCCACAACACAGGUAAUUUCUUUCAAGUCAACUCAUUCUAAUAGUGUUACCAAUGUAACAGACAUCAUUGCAAAUAAAGCUCUUUUUAACCUG